AUGAAGAUUAUAAUUCUUCAGCUCUUUGUAAAGAUAUCAUUAUUUUUAUUUUUUUUUGUUCAUAAAAAUUUUAUAUAUACUUAUAAGAUCCAUGGAGGUUUCUUAAAAUAUGACAAUUAUAAUAAAAGGGGCAUAUUAUUGAGAAGCUCUUUUGAGGAGGAGGAGGAGAAAAAUGUGUAUGGUUCAGAUAUUAUGUUGAGAAAAUCUGAUACUGUGGAAAAAAAUAAGAGAAAGAUAAGAUAUUCAUUUAGUCCAAUAAAAACAAAUACUUUAAUGAAUAUAAAAAAGAAGAUUGCAUUAAAUGAAAGAAAUAAUAAUUCUGUAAAAAAUAAAAAAUAUAAUUUUACGAGGUCUGCUAUUGGGGGUGGGAAAAAGAAAAUAAGAACAAACCAAAAAAAUGAUAUACAUAAAUCAUUAAUAGAUGAUAUAAAUAAAGAAAGACUUAAAGAAAAAAUAUAUUCUAUAAAAAAUAUGGAUAAUGAUAACAAUGAUAUGAAGAUAAGAGAUGAUGAUAAUGUGAAUAUUUUACCUUUGCCUGUUGAAAAAAAUGGAGAAGGAUAUAAUUGCCUUAUAUUAUGUAAAGGUUUGCCUUUCCAUGUUGAUAAUUCUCAAAUAAUUGAAUUUUUUAAACCUUAUAAAAUUAUAGAGAAAUAUAUAAUAUUUAUGAGAGAUAAGAAAGGACAUUUUUUCGGUGAUAUAUUAGUUAGAUUUAUAAAUAAGGAACAAAAAUAUUUAGCAUUAAAAAAUAAAAAUUUUAAAUUCUUAUUACAUAGAUAUAUACAAUUAUAUCAUGUAAAUGAAGAACAUUAUGAAGAAUAUUAUAAUAUAGGUUAUAAAAAUCCUCCAGCAUAUAAAAAUUAUAUACCUAUUAAAAAUAUAAUCCUUCCAAAUACUAUCGAAGAUAACACAAGUCAUGCAUUUAAUGAUACUGAUAUUACUUAUAAUUAUAAUGAAAAUAAUCAUAAUUAUCAUUUUGGAGAUGAUCAUAUACAUUCAUUUAAUUAUAAUCAAGAUGAUGAUGAAGAAACCAAAGAACUUCGUGAUAAGGUAAAUGUAAACGGCAUAAUGUUAAAAAAUUUAUAUACAGGUAGAAAAUUAAAAGGAAGAAUUACAUCAGUUCAUUCUUAUGGGGCAUUUCUUGACUGUGAUGUGUAUAUAAAAAAUGAAGAUAAUCGAUAUAAGAAAAUUUUAGCUUUGCUUCAUAAAAAUAAAUUGACCUUAAAUGUCGGAUUAUCAACAGAUACUUCAAGUGAGAAAGAAAACAAGGAACUUAUAUUACAAAAAAAUAUGAACAUAAUAGUAUAUGUGGAUAAAAUUAUAAAGAGGGAGCUUCCUCCAUCAACAUACAAAAUAAAGAAUGAAAUGAUAAAUCAUAAAUUAAAUAAAAAUGAAUAUAAUAAUAAACAUAAUAAUGAUAUCAAUACUACUAAUUGUAGUACAGAAAAAGACAACAAUUUUAUUUUCUUUAAUUUAACUUUAGAUUCUUCAAUAACAGAAGAAAAAAUUAACUGGCUACAAAAUUUGAAGUUAAAGAAAGAUUCAAUUAAUCAAAAAAUUCUUUUAAACAAUGAAAAAGUGAAGCAGGAAAAUAAAAAAGACAUGAACAAAACUAAGAAUAAUUAUGAUAAUAAAAUGAAUAAUAAUGAUAAUAAUGAUAAUACCAUUAUCAAUAAUAAUAAUAUUAUAAGAAAAAAUCGAGUAAGCAAAGUUUUCUUGAUGAAUAAUAAAAUGUGCAAUAAUCAUUGUAUAAAUGAAAAAAAAAAAAAAAAUUAUUUUUAUAAUAAUACAUAUAAGGAAAAAUGCUCAUACGGAAAAAAUUUUAAUAUGAUAUUUGAAAAUGAAAAUGUCGAAAGAGCAAAUAUAAAUAAAAAGGAAGAUGAAAAUAUUGAAGAGAUGAAGAAAAUAAAAAAAGAGAAAAAAAAAAAAAAAAAAAAGGAAAAAAAAUUGGAACAAAGUAAAUUAAAUGAUAAUAGUAUGGAAAGUGAUGAAGCGUUUGACAAGUUUGACGAGUUUAGCGAGUUUGAUGACUUAUUUGAUAAUAAUAUAAAUGAUGAAGAUGAUAAUAAUAUAGCAAACGAUGAAUCUAUUAUAGAUACAGUGGGUCAUAUAAAUGAAAAUAUAAAUAAUAUUAACAAUAAUAAUAAUAAUGAUAAUAAUAAUAAUGAUGAUAAUUAUUAUAGAGAUGAAAUGAAUUGCAUAUUGAAAAAUAUAUAUAGUCACAAAGAAACUAAUGAUAAUAAAAAAAAGAGCUCUUCUGAUACAAAGGAAAUAAAAUCAAUGAAAAAUUCAGAUAGUAAUAAAAUGAAGAAAUACAUACAAACAAGUCAUAAUAAUGAUGAUAAGAGUGAGCAUUAUGAUGAUAGUGAUGAUAAGAGUGAGCAUUAUGAUGAUAGUGAUGAUAAGAGUGAGCAUUAUGAUGAUAGUGAUGAUAAGAGUGAGCAUUAUGAUGAUAGUGAUGAUAAGAGUGAACAUUAUGAUGAUAGUGAUGAUAAGAGUGAACCUUAUGAUAAUGGAAAAAAUAGUCCUUCCGAAUUUGAAAAGUGUAAAUCUUUUGAACGUUUAAGUGACAGAGAAAAAUGGAAAAGUGAUAUUAGAAGAGAAGAAUCAUUAUAUUAUACAAAAUUAUUUAAAUGUAAUGAAGAUAUUAAUGAUUAUUAUUCUACUGAUAAUAAGAAAGAAAGAAUAGAUGAUAAUUCAUCAGAUGAAGAUAAUUCAGAAAUGGAUGAAAUGGUAAAUGAUAAUAUGAUGUUUAAUGCGAAAUUAAAUGAAAGUAAUAAUGAAUUAAAUUAUAAAUUGAAUGAUAAUGAGAAUAAUUUUAAUAAUAAUAAUUCUUGUGAUUUCUCAUCUUUCACUGAUAUGUCUAUAGACGAAUUAAAAGAAGAAAUAUAUAAAAGAAAAUAUUUAUUACCUAUAGAUGUAACACAUGAUAAUUUAAAAAGUAGAUUAAUACAAAUAUGUAUAUGUGAAAAAAAUAAAUUGAAAUUUGAUAAUUUCCCUGUUAUUAGAUAUUAUCUAUAUGAUGUACAUUUUACAAUAGAAGAAAUUAAAAUGAUUAUAUUAACUAAUAAAAAAUUUUUAAAUAAAACAAAUAUAAAUAAAUCUUUUUUAGAUUCUUUAAAUAUAAAUGAACUCAAAUAUUUAUUACAUAAAUCAAUGGAAAAUUUCCGUUUAUGGGAACCAGAGGAUAAUAUCAAAAGAAAAAUUUUAAAUAUGAAUAAAGAUUUAUUAUUAAAACAAAAUUUAAACAAUACAGAUAAUAUUGACGAAAGAAACUUACUUAUAUUAUGGAAUGAUUUUAAAGAUUUUAUGUUAAAUUUUAUAUAUACCAUUGAUGAAAGCUCUGAUCCUUUAGAAGAUAUAAGAAAUAUAAAUAUGGAUACUAUUCAAAGCACUCGUCUCAAAAAUGAUAAUACAUAUAAUAAUAAUGAUAAUAGUUGUAAUAGUAACUUAUAUCAUAAUAAUUUUAUUUAUAGAAUGAAAAAAUUAGAAAAAGAAAACUUUUUUCUCAAACAUAAUCAACCUUUAAACAAUCAAAUACAAAAUCAAUUAAACACAAAAAAUCAUGAAAAUAAAGAUGCAUUUGAAAACGCAUGGUUAAAAUUAAAUGAAAUUAAUAAAGAAAAUGAACAGGAUUUACCACAGAAGAUAGAUGUAAAAAAAGCUAUGGCCAUUCUAAACGAUAGGUCCUUAUUAAAAAAAAUGAAAAAAUCUAUUGACGAUGUAUCAGAUGAAUAUGGAAAUAAAAAUUAUAUAAAUAAAGUUAUUCGUUCUAUUUUAAAACAUAAAAAUUAUUUUAAUGAAGAAUUAAAUGAGGAAAAAUUGAAAAAUAUGUCUUAUGAUCAGUUAUUGAUCUUGCUAGAUAAACUACCCCUCGAAAUUAUAGAAGAGUUACUGUAA